AUGGCCGAGCAACUUCAGCGACUGUUGGACGAUGCAGCCGCUUGUUUGGAUACAUUCGAGACCGACGCCGACCUCGAGAGGUUCUCCGAUGAUGAGUUCAGUCGUUACGACUCGGACGACUUUCUCGACGACGCUUCAAUAUAUAUCGACUGUCUUCUGGACCUUUCCUCCGCGCUUGAGAGCCCAGUUGCCGAGAUCGAUUCCCGCGACGAUCUGUGCCACCAAAUCAAAGGGACCACAAAAUCUCAUUGGAUAGUUCCAGUUCCUAGAAAUCCCAAUUUUGAAGGCCGUCGACUGAUUCGCAGACGAAUUGUCAACACGAUUACAUCUGCAUUAGUCGUCGAUACAUGCCAGCGAAUUGCGUUAGUUGGCCCUGAAGAUGUCGGCAAGAGCCAGAUUGCCAUUGAAGCCGCCUAUCAAAUCCGUGAGCAGGACCCAGAAUGCUCCGUAUUUUGGGUUUCCGCUACAGAGCCUUGGAAAUUUACGGUGUCAUGCAUGGAUAUCGGACUUGCCCUUCGACUAAAAGACAUAAGCGAUAAUAGCGAUGAACUAGACAUUCACGCUAAGCUCAAGACCGCAUUGAGUGAUGAACGAGCGGGGAAAUGGGUCAUGAUCGUAGAUGGAGCAGAUGAUAUGGACGGAUUCUUCGACGUGGAGGAGACUGGCCAAUCCGGUGGCCUUGCAUCGAUGGCUUCACGCUUGCCAUCCAGCAACCUGGGAACCAUUCUGUUGACCACUCGCGAUCCUGGAAUAGCAUCAAAAUUUACCAAGUCAACAAUUGAAGUCAAAAAGCGAACCAGUGCUACCGCACAGAAUGCUUCUGAGAUGCACCUUGCGACAGAAAUGGACCAAAGUGAGGCUCUCAAAGUGUUCGAGACAUGUUUGAGCAAAGAUCAGAUUUCCAGCAAAGCAGAAAACACGGCUUUGCUAGAGUUCCUAGGAGACCAUCCCCUUGCUAUCAAACAGGCUGCUGAGUAUAUGGUACGCACUCGCAUUACAGUGCCCGAGUACCUCAAGUUGUGCGUCGCCGCAACACCUACUGUCGCGCAAUUCGACGAGUACCUAUACUGCAAUGGCCAUUAUGAGGUGGUGGGACAUCCAGUCCUGACGACAUGGUCGAUAUCGUUUGAGCGGUUCUUACGAAGCAAUCAUCCCGCUGUCGAGUUCUUGACACUGCUUAGUUUCAUUGCGGAAGGAGAAAUUCCCGAAUCAUUGCUACAGACAGCCAAUGUCUCUAUAAUGAUGUCGCCAGCAGAGACUAGUGGCAGUAUCAUGAGAGACAGCAAAGGCACUCCUGAUGUCUCCGGGCCAUCCAAGAGACAAAAAACCGAGUUUCAAAAAAGCCUUUGGGGGGUAGACUGGCCGCUGACAGACUCACCCUUUUCCACGGAAGAUGCAACAAAAGUUUUCCAGAACCUGGGCACGGUAGGGAAUACACCGAGUCGAUAUUACUUCCAGGUGCAAGAAGCCAUCAAUACUCUGAUGAGAUUCGCCUUCAUCAAUCAGCGGACAGGAAGCUUCUCGUGCGAAAUCCACAAAUUGGUUCAGGUCGCCAUGCGGGCAUGGCUAGAGCAGAGGGGAGAGCAAGGGGACGCCAGUACGAAAGCCAUCAAACAUACUUUAGCCAAUUUCCCCGAUCCCACGAUUCACACCAAUCGUGACGCGGUGAUAUCCUACCUCCCACACGCCGAGGCAGCGUUGAAGUUUCGAGCAUCGAGCUCGGACAGAACAGCUACAGCCGGCCUGCUGGGGUUUGUGGGGUACAGCUACGACCGGCUAGGCAUUCCACGGGCUGCAGAGGAACUGAAUAGAGAGGCUUACAAUAUAGAGAUACAAACCCUGGGCCCGGAUCAUCCCGAUACACAUCGGACUGCGAUGUGUCUGGCGCUUUCACUCUGGAGACAGAAACAAGAUGGCGAGGCGGAAAGGUUAAUUCGGUCCGCGCUGGCAGGCUUGGAAAGACUACUCGGCCAGGACCACCCAGAUACACUGAGUGGAACGAGCAAUCUUGUCGCGGUAGUUCAUGGCCAAGGCAGGCAUGAGGAAACCUGGAAUAUGCUCCAGCAAGUAUUCUACCAGAAUGUGGUGGUACCAAACACAAGCCAUGCACAAUUUGGGCAUGGUCAGAAUGACCGCAGAGGGAGACUGCAUAUGCAGCCGAGACAUAUGGAGACAGAGAGAGCGCUGCGAACGUCACUGGAAAGCCAUAUCCAGGUGCUAGGCUUGACAGAUCCUGUCACGCUCGUCAAGAUGGACAAUCUCGCACACUUCCUUGCAAUGAUGGGCAGAGUCGAGGAAGCGGAGAGUUGGCACCGGCAAGCUGCAUCUGGAUUGGAGGCCAUAUUUAGAAGUGAUCAUCCUUGGACGCAGGAACUUAGGAAUGGUUUCGCAAAAGUUCGAGCCACUGUGGGAGUCGCUUAG